AUGGAAAAAGCUGACACAGGAGGAGGACCGUCGACGAAGACCCCGGAGGAGAUGAUGUCGUCCAUGGCACUUCAAAAGGGACAACGCAUGUUCAUGGAUGUAACGAUUCCGAUUCUGCAACAACUUCCAGCGGCAAGGUUAGCGAGGUUUAUGGUUGUUGAUACCGAAUGGCGUAAGACCAUCUUGAGCCAAACAUUUGAGAAAGAGUACCUUUCUCUUGCGGAGAAGAAGCCCAAGAUUCUGUUUGUUGCCACAUCCAAGUCCAAGACUGAUGGUGAGACGUACCACAUGUUUCGGUCUCUUCUCAAGAAGGCCGAUGAGUCGUCUACGCUGCCCUUGACCCUCCCGCAGUCCGUCGGCGCAACCUUGAGGUCUGACAUCACCUAUCAGAUUUCUCAAUCGGUCCGAGACAUGGUGUGCCUCUAUCACAAGAGGACAUGCCUUAUCUGUAAUCCAAGCGUGGGACGCUACGUAGCGUUGCCACAUGUCGAUAACGACUCCGUCUUCUUUCUGGGGUUCAAUCCCGUUGCCACAACGUUCAAGGUCCUUUCUUUGGAUAAUGAUGGAGGUUCCGCAAGAGUUAGGGUUCUUACCGUCAGCCCAGAAGGUAACAACAACUGGCGAACUCUGUACAGUGGAAUCGCUCAUACUGCUUACGGCCCUGGACUCUGCUUAGCAGGAACCAUCUACUAUACUGCACAUGUCCGAAUGUUUGAGCAAGUGUUAAUGUGUUGUGAUCUUCAGACUGAAGAGUUCAGGUGUAUCCACUUGCCCGGGCAACUUGAUGAUGGCUUAAUUCUUAGUCAAGGGCAAAGUGUUAGGCUAGUCAACUUUCACAACAAACCAGGACUCGUUGAAGGGGAUGGUAUGGCGGCUGAUCUUCUAACUCUCUGGCAACUUGAAGAUUCCAACUGGUGCAAGCGUCAGUUCAAUAUUCCUACGACUCCUCUUGGUCUCUUUGAAGGAGAUGAGCACAAGUUUAUCGGGACAGGUGAUGUUGGUGAACUCAUCUAUGCCCCUUGCUACAAAAACGUCCCUGGAUAUCGCUUCCAUGAGCAGUACGUCAUCUACUAUGACUACGUACGUGCUACUGUCACCAAGGUACGAAUCCAAGGCGAUUUUAAUGGCUUUGAAGGAGACGUUGAACCCUUUGGGGACUAUAUCGAAAGCACAGCACUCAUCUCGACAGGAACACCCAUGUGAGGUUGUGUCAAGUCUUUCAAGUUGUUUCUUGUGGUAGUGACAACAACGUACGCAUGAGAGAGACCUUUAGCUUCUUGC